CAUUUUUUUAUUGGUUGAUUCCAUUUAUAUUCUAUGACAAAUUGUAUAUCCCACAAAGAAAAAAAAUUUCCAGACUCUUUCCUAAAUCCAUGAGAUGCCGGUUUAACUUGGCUCCCAUAAAUAUGCAAAGGAGUAGACAGCAUGAAAACUCUGAAAGUAAAACAGAGAAACAAACUUGCAGUUAUCUGUUAGCCAAACCAAAUCCUGGAUAAAACCCUGAUCAAAAUAUCUGUCAGGUUCUGCUCAAAACAUUCUUUCUUUAUUUUGAUUGAAUUGAGCGAAUCCUAAUUUGAUUGAGGGAAAAAAGAAGAUUGUAGAGAUUGGCAAAUGGCGAUAGAAUACGAGCCCAUCAAGGGAUGUGCGGAUGAAAAGCAUUUGGGGAUGAAUGUUGGCAAUGCUGACAAAAUCGAAGAUCAUGAUGAUGAUGAUGAUGAAAAUAAGGAAUUGAGCCAAUUGGAAGUUCAGAUCUCUGAGGCAGUCGUUGCCAACUCAAGACAUCUUCCUCUCCACCAUCAACAGCCGCAACGAGCACAGCAGCGUCUUGUUUCCUUGGACGUUUUCCGGGGUCUCACCGUUGUGCUAAUGAUACUUGUAGAUGAUGUUGGUGGACUUCUUCCUGCUAUCAAUCAUUCACCAUGGAAUGGUUUAACUCUUGCAGAUUAUGUCAUGCCAUUUUUCCUCUUCAUUGUUGGUGUUUCACUAGGACUGACAUACAAGAGAGUUUCCUGCAGAGUUAUGGCAACUAGAAAAGCAAUAUUACGGGCAUUAAGGCUUCUGAUGCUAGGCCUUUUCCUACAAGGAGGCUUCUUCCAUGGGCUCAACAAUUUAACUUAUGGGGUGGAUAUUCAACAAAUGAGAUUGAUGGGCAUACUGCAGAGAAUUGCAAUAGCAUAUUUAGUAGCAGCAAUGUGUGAGAUUUGGCUGAAGGGUGGUGAUCAUUUAACAUCAGAAUUAACACUGCUGAAAAAGUUUAAAUUUCAAUGGGUUGCAGCUUUGGUGCUUACUAUUAUAUAUAUUUCCUUGUUAUAUGGUUUGUAUGUUCCCGAUUGGGAAUAUCAGAUUCCAGAUGCAACUUCUUCCUCAGCACAAAAGAUUUUUUCAGUGAAAUGUGGAGUACGAGGUGACACUGGACCAGCUUGUAAUGUGGUUGGAAUGAUUGAUCGUAAAAUACUGGGUAUUCAACAUUUGUACAGGAAACCAGUCUUUGAGAGAACAAAGCAAUGCAGCAUCAACUCACCAGAUUAUGGCCCAUUACCUUCUGAUGCACCUACAUGGUGUCAAGCCCCAUUUGAUCCCGAAGGACUUCUGAGUUCAGUGAUGGCGAUGGUUACCUGCUUGGUUGGUUUGCACUAUGGGCAUAUAAUUGUCCACUUUAUGGAUCAUAGGGAUCGGAUUCGUCUUUGGUUGAUACCAUCUUCAGCUUUUCUAGUCUCGGGGCUUGCCUUGGACAUUUUUGGUAUGCAUGUUAACAAGGCUCUUUACACAUUCAGUUACAUGUGUGUUACUGCUGGCGCUGCUGGCUUUCUCUUUGCUGGAAUCUAUCUACUGGUUGACAUCUGUGGAUAUCGACGCACAACAUUGGUGUUGGAGUGGAUGGGGAAGCAUGCAUUGAUAAUUUACAUCCUUGCAGCCUGCAAUAUCAUGCCAAUUAUUAUACAGGGGUUCUAUUGGAAGCAGCCCCAAAAUAACAUUGUGGGUUUUUUGACCUUCCUCUUGAGAUUUUCUGGUCGUCUAAUUUCAUGAGUUUAUCAUUUUGACUACUCUACUAGAUAUUGCAGCCUUAUAGAUCCUUGUUUGAACUUGUCCCUACCAGCUUAGCUUUUUUUGGAAUUGGAACAUGAUUUGUUGCAAUUCGUGGAAAUAUAGGCUACUUCUUUUCCCAACUGAAGGCUCUCUCUCUGUCUCUGUCUCUCUCUUUCUCUCUCUCUCUCUCUCUAU